CGGAGCAAACGAGCCAAACUCGUUUAAUUAGAUUUACAUCGGCGGGACACAGUGACUGCCUGUUGUGUAAUUGUGUGCAAUCGGCGCUUCAACGGCGUCCCCGAGAUGUAUGCGAGGAGGAGGGGCAGAGGCUGACAAGAGGCCGGCAGUCGGAUCAGUGGAGGCGGCAACAACUGGGAGAAGCCACCGUGCAGACAUGGUGGACACCCAGCAGCUCCUUGCCUGGCCCGUGGGCUUCAGUCUAAACGCUGCCGAUCUGCCCGAGCUGGAUGACAGCUCCCACUCGCUGGAGAUGAAGCACCUGACCACGUUGGACUACGCCUCCAUCUCAUCCUCGUCCUCCUCCCUGUCGCCCUCGCUCAUGUCUUCCAUGACGUCCGUCGGCGUGGCCUAUGACCCCAGUCCACCGCAGGGCGACGACCACCUCACCAACCUGGACUACACCUGUAUGCACAGCUACAGGACUCAUGCAGACUUGCACAAUUCCAUCAAGCUGGAGCCAGAGUCACCCCCGCAACACACUGACAGUCCGCCACUCUCCAAGCUCCAGGACGACGCGUCUACAGCCGCUCUCAACAUCGAGUGUCGGGUGUGUGGAGAUAAAGCUUCCGGGUUUCACUAUGGUGUCCAUGCCUGUGAGGGAUGCAAGGGUUUCUUCAGACGCACCAUCAGGUUGAAGCUGGUGUACGAUCACUGCGACCUCCACUGUCGCAUUCACAAGAAAUCCCGCAACAAAUGUCAGUACUGUCGCUUUCAGAAGUGCCUGAACGUCGGCAUGUCACAUAACGCUAUUCGUUUUGGCCGGAUGCCCCAAGCCGAGAAGGAGAAACUACUAGCGGAGUUUUCGUCCGACAUGGAGCACAUUCACCCGGAGGCGGCCGAUCUGAGGGCCUUGGCCAAACAUUUGUACGAGGCCUAUCUCAAGUACUUCCCUCUCACCAAGGCCAAGGCCAGGGCCAUCCUCUCUGGCAAGACCGGAGACAAUGCGCCUUUUGUCAUCCAUGACAUGAAGUCUCUAAUGGAGGGGGAGCAGUUUAUCAACUGCAGGCAGAUGCCCAUUCAGGAACAUCAUCAGCAGAUGUCCCCUCCUUCCUCCACAAAUGGAGGUGCUCUUCUGGGGUCGGAGUACAGCUUCGUGGGAAUGACGAGCGUCACGGACCACGGAACGACUAACGCCGUCGAGCUGCGUUUCUUCCACAGUUGCCAGUCGCGCUCGGCCGAAGCUGUGAGAGAAGUGACGGAGUUUGCCAAAAGCAUCCCGGGAUUUGUCAACCUGGAUCUCAAUGAUCAGGUGACGUUGCUCAAGUACGGUGUGAUAGAGGUCCUCAUCAUCAUGAUGGCGCCCCUUAUGAACAAAGACGGCACCCUGAUCGCUUACGGACAAAUAUUCAUGACGCGGGAGUUCCUCAAGAGUCUCCGGAAGCCCUUUUGCCAUCUACUGGAGCCCAAGUUUGAGUUUUCCGUCAAGUUCAACACGCUAGAGCUGGACGACAGCGACAUGGCGCUCUUUCUGGCCGUCAUUAUCCUCAGCGGAGACCGUCCGGGCCUGUUGAACGUCAAGCCCAUCGAGCAGCUCCAGGAAACUGUGUUGCACUCCCUGGAGCUGCAGCUCAAAGUCAGCCAUCCGGACUCCCUGCAGCUGUUCGCCAAGCUGCUCCAGAAGAUGACCGACCUACGGCAGAUCGUCACCGACCACGUGCAUCUCAUCCAGCUGCUCAAGAAAACCGAGGUGGACAUGUUACUGCACCCGUUGUUGCAGGAGAUCAUGAAGGACUUGUAUUAGAAAUGCGAGGUUGCUACAAGAGACUAUUGAGAAAGAGACAAGGAGGAACGGGAAGGUCAAGAGUCUAGACUGUGCACACUCAUCCCUCCCGUGGUUCAGCCUUGCAAAACCGCAGCGUGCGGUUCGAAUCUGGACCCGAGAGAGUUCCGAUUGGCAGGCUGGAUGGACUUGCGCUGGGAGGGCAAAUGUAACUGUGAACUCCACAUGACGUGUUUGUUUGUCUGCGGUCUAUCUACACGCUUUCACACACAAAGCACGAGAAUUUCCAUGAUGUUCAUCGAUGUCAUCAAAUAUAACUUAAAAGGUGCCAUCUUGUCAGCUACAUCUGAGCGAUGAGACAAUCAGAUUGGUUACUGUCGCAUAUUUUCAGUGUCAGCUGACAAUCAAGAUGAACGUGUCGCUAUGUGCCUUUGGCUGCACAGUAUUAAGCAUACUGUACAGUGGAACCUUCAAUCUUGCUCUCGUUUCAGAACCACCAUUUUAAAAGGGAAAAAAAAAUCAAUUAUUGUAUUUAAAAAUAUGUUUGAUAUUAUUUAAAAUAUAUGUUUAUAAUGGCCUUUAUUAUCACGCUCUACUGUAUUGUAUGAAAGCAUGCCAAAGUAUCAAAAUCAAACAGAAUCUAAACCGUUAACAGUAUUUGCAUUAAUAGUUUAUACUUCGAUUUAUUUGACAUUGUGCUGCUCUUUCUGGGGGUUGGACACGGGGAGCAAUAUAAUACAAACAGGUGCCUUGAGAUACAAGUGACUUGACUUACAAGUUUUUUUACAAUGUGAUACAAAGAUGACAUCAGAAGAUGCAUUGAACAGGAGGAGAUGGCGGAGUGAUUUUGAGCAAGCAGUAGGAAAAGUCGAACUGUGACUUCCUGGUUGGCUGAUACGUACAGUAAGUGCCAAGAAAACUAAGUGCAGUGUGAAAAGGCUUCUUAGAUUGAAGUCAUAAUAUAUUUGCACACCAUUACAGCUUGAAUUUUGUUGUUUGGCUUCUGGGGUUUCAACUUUGGAGGUUCCACUGUUCAUAUAUAAAACAUAUUGUUUAAUAUUCCAAUUUAUAUGGAUGCAGUUUUUUGUUCAAAUUAGUUUUGACUCAAUGCAGAGUUUCAACCGUGCCUUGUCGAUCGAUUGUUGUGAUGUUUUCUUUAAGAUACAAACACAGAUAAAGGGAUUUGAUUGGUUGUUGUAAAUAAAUCAAGAUUAUAUUCUAA